AAGAUGCAGAGGAUGAAAGUGAAAUGAAUGUUUCGGCUGCUAAAGAAUCAUGGAAGCGUGAUGAAGAUGCUUAUUAUUACAAAAAUCCAAGAAAGGCUUUAAGAAAUUGGCUCGAGAAUCGCGGUUAUGAUUUGGAUUUUGAAAAUGAGCAAGAAGGACCAGGUCAUUCACGUACUUUUACUGCUCGUAUUCGAUUGCCGGACGUUGAAGAUGCAUAUGGGCCUGUUUAUGGUACAGGCAGCGGUUCUAAAAGAAAGGAUGCAGAAAAACAAGCUUCUAUAGACGCUUGUGAGAAAUUAGACAUGCUUGGCCUACUGCGCGCAAGUCAAGACGAAGCCUCCGCAAGAAAGAAAAGAAUGCGUGAAUUGAUCGGUGAUACUGAUGAAGACGAUGAUAACGAUAGUUACUAUGAUCGAACCGGACAAGCUGAGCGAGCAAAAUUACGUAAAAUACAGCAACCUCAAAAAGUCGAGACAUAUGGAUCAUUAACAAAACAACGAGAAGAACUUGCAAUUAAAAUCGAAGAAACUCGAAACAAAAUAUCUUUUGCUAAAGAAUUCGAAAAAUUAUCUCCCGCGGUUGCAGCCGAAGAUGAUUUAGAUUCUUAUAUGCAUUCAAUAAAUAAUGAUCUUAAGGGUGAAUCAGCAGCGAACUUGGAAGCUACACUACAGGAAUUAUUAAAACAAGACCAGAGGCUUGCUAAACUUAUUGAAAUUACGAAACCUCUUGAUAUUAUGCAAAGUAAUUCAAUAAUAUUAUCCUCUUCAAAAUCAGAUAUUGCAAACAACAAUGCAGCUGUAUCUGCAACAAAUACAUCAUUAAUUACCGAGCCGAACAUUAAAAUAAAUGUGGAUACACCGAUCCCAUCAUCAAAUAAGUUUAAAAUUCCAAUAUCAACAAAUAAUUUUGAACAUCAUGAUGAAUUUUUGAAUCUACAACCACCAAAAGAGUCUUCAA